UUUAAAAGCGACAGAGGAGAGAGAGAGAGGAAAAAAGAGAACUCAGCGAGCCCAGCCAGCCGCUCACACUUGGCAAGCAGUAGAUGCACGGGAGAAGAGAAAAUAUUGAAAGGCUCCGAGAGAGGAUAAAGAAAGAAAAACGACAAAAAGGUGGCUCUUUUGAUUAUUCUGCCAAGCGCGUAGGCACACGCCGUCACACAAAGGGGGGAUUUGAAGAGGGGGUGGCUAAGCGGUGGAACUCAACUCGUUCUUGAUCAGAAGGCGAAGCUCACAGCCAGCAGAAGCACACAGCGAAUAAUUUCCGCUUGGAGAGCCGACUUGCGUUUUUAUUCAGACGAGUGAGCAAACCACACCACGAUCUUAGGUCUUUGUGGAUUGGAGAGGUCUUUGUGGGUUGUAUGUUGCAUGUCACGAGAGCGCAAGCAGGUUGUAUGGAUAUACAUCCAUCUGGUCAUCUCAGGAAUUUGUGGAUUAUUUCAUAGCUACGACUACGAGAUACAUAGAAGAUCAUCAUUAGGAAAUCAGUUCAUUUUCCGAACUUAAUGUUUUGAUUGACCAAUAAAUCAUAUCUAGAUGAAGGGAGCAACAUUUUAAAGAAGCCUGACAGAUGAGUCUUACGAUUUAACUUGAAAUACUUUUCGACUGCACUCUGGAUUUUUCAGGUUUCUUGAAGUUUUGUUCGUCACUUUAACAGAUCAUCAAUUAUCGUUCAUUGAUCGUUUUACCAAAAGUGGUUAACAGUAAAUUUGUGGAUUGUCAGAUUACCAUGGCAACCUACGAAAGACAUCUGAGUAGCAGGAGACUCAGGAAUGCUUUCAGUUCUACCAGUAACCAUGGCAACGUAACUAAGGACAUACAAACCAAAUGUGAACCAAGACGAACGUCAGGAAGAAACAACAGAAAGGCAAAGUCUUUGAGAGCGCAUCACCACCAUCAGACAGCCACGCCCAUUGGAGCUGAUACCAGUCAGCCUGGUAAGAUGGAACGGAUCGACCGAAGUCUCAAGGAACUUGCCCAACUUCUUGGCUUACAGACCGUUGGCGUUGAUGAGGCAAGCCUUUUGGAGACCACCGUAUCAUUCUUCAGAUCUUUCUCAAGCUCGACGUCGACAACACCCGACACACAUCGCCGUGGAGGGCGCCAUACAGAUGUCAGCCACGCCGAGGAAGUGUCGUCACAUGAGUCAGAUCAAACUCAAGAUGUGUCUCCUACCGAUGCCAUCUUAGCUGGUUUCCAGGACUGCAUGGAAGAGACGAUCCGAUACUUAGUCGAUGUUGAGGGUUUCUCUCCCGAAGACGAGGUCGUCGUCGGACUCACCGCCCAUCUCUUGCAGAUUCGUGCCAAACUGGACAUUAAUAACGACGCAACGGCAUCGACCCCCUGGUCAUCUGGACGUUCAUCGGACGGACCAACUGAAUGUGAAGCGACGACCAGCACACAAACAUCACCUCAAGAAACCAAUACCCCCUCCCUUGCCCUGUCAACAGAGUCCAUCAAUCCGCCAUCUUUGCCAACUACGAGUAGGACAUUACUGGGUGGGUCUGUAACCCGUGGGUUACCCCCUGCUCAUUUAAUGACACCAUUGACUGUCGAUACGAAUCAGUACUAUGCCCUGCCGUCUCCGUUGAACCGUACCGCUUUGGCUUGCGCCAUGAAGCCAUCCGAGCCUCUUUUAACGGUUGCCUCAACCCGACCGACUCACACCGUUCCGGCUCUGACAUCCGCGGCUAUUUCAUCUGUCAGCGGUCAUCCGCUAACCGCAACUGCACCCGCAGCGUAUUCAAGGCACACCGCGGUAACAUCGCAACAGCAACCUCCGGUUCAACCGCCACCACAGUACCAAUCAGUUGUGUCAGCCAAUGGAUGUUUGAUCCCUUGCGUUCAGGCGUCCACCUCUAAUCAAAGACCGUAUGGUUUCAACCUGAACUAUGUUGCACCCUAUGUAGUAGCAUGGGUCAGACCUGUGCAGGAAUAACAGUACAUGUACAUACAUUGUUGGAAAUGAGUGGGACUGUUCUAUCUUGUAAAUGUCACCAAUUACUUUUUAACUCUUGUUAUUGCACACACGUAUUCUUUCCGAAAUAUGUGAAUGCUUUUUGAAAAUAAGGUUCAUCUUUCCAUACCAUUCAAUACUAUUUGCACCUUGAAAGUUUUAUUUUUCAGUUUUGGGCCAAUUUUCCAAUGUUCUAUUUAAAAGUUUGUUUUAAAUGUUGAAUUAUUAUGUUGGAGUUUCAGUAAUCUUUGGAUUAGAAUAGUGUGCAUUUUCAUGAAAACAAUUUCUUUGAACACCCCCCCCCUCCUUUCACGGUGCGUCUUAUAGACAAACAGUUAUUCGUACUUCCUGGUUAUUAUGCAAAUGAGAGAGGCAUGACGUCACCCAUUCACUAUUUCUUGUAUUUUAUUAAAUGAAAUAUCACGAUCUUUCCAUCAUUAUGAUGUGAAAAAAAAAUCGUUUGAUCCCCUCUGAACCUGUGGAGUUACUGCAAACUUUUGCGAUUCAUAAAGACACUUUAUUGUUGUCAGUCCUGCAAAACUUGAAAUAUUCGGCAUUUCAAACAGUAAAACACAAAAAGAAAUAGUGAGUGAGUGGCAUCGUCACCUCUCACGUUUUACACUGAACAUAAACGAAACUUUAAAAUGUUAUCAGUUUAAACAUCUAUAUCCGAUUCUGUUAAAAUUGUUGUCACUUGUAACAGAAUGAUUGUCUGUAGAGUGAUGACAAAUGGCGCAAUGUCUCUAUAGAUGUAUCAGUGCUUCUGAGAGACUGGCACCGAUGGCAUAAUUACAAUAAAAAAUGUUCUUAUUGGAACAACUUUAUAUUUCAUCGCCAAUUAAUAUGAGUGCCAGUCACUGUAUAAAUGAACAAAUAUACCGAAACUAUACUACCAUUCUCUUCGCAUUUCGCUACGAUUAAGCACGACUAUUGAUUUCCUUGUUAAAGUGUUGAAAUAUUUUUGGUUGUCUAUUGGGCGGUUUGGUUUACACAAACGUGUAAUAAAUAGUUUUGUCAUCAAGUCUUAUCAGUGAAAUUGAUGUCAUACCUGCACGUGUUGCCUCAUACUGGAUGAUUAUUUUUUGCUGAUCUGUACUGUCGUUAUCCUGUUAGGUGACAACUAUACUGUUUAAUUUGAGUGUGUAAGGUCAUUGUUGGGGUUUCCUGUUUUCAUCAGAUAAAUACAAUAAAUUGUGAUCAAAAUAUAAUUAUGAUUUUAAAAAGAACUGAUGCGUGUUAAAGUAUUCACCAUCAUAAUAAUUUACAAAUAAUUAUGAACUAGAGAAAUUUAAUUAUGAUGAGACUUAUGAAGCCUCUAUGAAUGUCAUGUUUCACAAACACUCCAGGUGUUUCUUUUUUUAUUAUUUAUUUAUUCUGUUUUCUUCUUUGCAACUGAUAACGUAUACCUUAAUGUAUUCAAAUUUCCGAUGACUUGAGAGAAAAGACGUAAAAAGAAGGUUGAAUUGU